GUCGCAUGACGCGUUCGUCUGCUGCGUUCUACCAGGACUUCCUAUCUCAGCUAGGUCGCCGUGCGUUUGUUUACCGGCACGCUCGCAGCCAUGGUCCAUCGCGCGCAGAUGCCAAGAAGGCGCCAGAUGACAUAGACAGGGACCCGCGAUGGGAGGCAGCCUGUCCGAGCGAGAACGUCGUUGUGAUCGCGGGCGACAUCUUUGGGGAUCACCUCGAUCGCCUGAUUCUUGGCCGCGUAGAGCACGCGACCGCGAUGGCCGCGUACCUUCGGGCGCACAUGGGAAAGGGCACUGAGGGGGCGACCGAGAUCGUGGUUUCGAGGACGGCCGGGUGGCAUCCUGGGCUUCGGUACGCCUCUCGCAUCGACGCGGCCUUCUUGGGGCAGCCAGCCCGGGUGGCCAGCCACACGCAUCCAGCAGCUGCAUUCCGCCGCGAGCCAGAGAGUCUCCGCCGCAACAGCAUCAGCG